UUGGGACUUCUAUAGAUACCAAAAGAGGAAGCAUUAAACCUUUCCUAUCAUCUUGACCAAAUGAAGAGUACAAUGAGACUGCAGAGAUCAAUGCCUGUGUGGAGCUUCCAUGUUGCAACUUCGCUGACCUUCCUCCUGACCCUUGCACGACCUGCCGUGACAGCGAGUAGCCAGUAGCCUGCUCCUGACUCUUCCUCCUGAGGCUGUGGAAGCAGAAGGUAGCUCUACUUUCCUGCAGCGGAGCUGGGCAUCGCAGCCAUGAAGUCUAUGCUGAUCAUCUAUCUGCUGGGGUUUGUGUUGACCUUGCUGUCCGUCUUCGUCAGACUGAUGGAGGCACUGUGGGGCUCAUCGGAGAUCCCACUGUCUGGAAGCUCUGAGAUCCCGAGAGGUCCACUAGCCAUCACAGAACCUCCCAAGGGCCCUCCAGACGGCCCGUCUAGAGGAAAGCAAUAAAACCUCCCUCUGGGCGUCAGCCAUACUGUGGUACACUAAUGUCAGCACGGCCAAUCACGUACUCCAUUUUCUAAUAGGCAGCAUCAGUGUCUCCAAAGAACUGUUACCAGGCCUGGUAGGGUCUUUUGGGAUGUUCCUUACCCUGGAAAAGUGCCUGCUUAGCAUAGAGGUAUAGGUGGGUUGUCUGUGACUGCCGGACAGAGUUAUCUCACUCUCCUGCCCAUUGCUUCCUCUGCAGCAUGGCUCUGA